GGAGCGAGAGAGCAGGAGUCCCGGCAGUGGCCCGCUUUUUUCCAUGGAAUUACUGCUUUCUGCACUUGUAACCGAUAGGCAAAAAGGAGAGAGGAUGGAGCCCAGAUCCACGGACAUAAAGUGUGCACGGAGGACUCUCUUUGGUCCCGUGGACCCCAGUCAGUUGCAGCAGGACUUCCAGUGCAUGCUAUCUGCAAGCAUGGAGAGGGCCAAGCAAAAGUGGAACUUCGACUUCUUGCAAGAGGUGCCUGCGGAAGGCCUGCUGCAGUGGGAAGAGCUGCAGGAACAGGAGGUCCCAGCCUUUUACCACACUUGUAUAGUCGGGGGGGCUCGUAAACCACUGCAGCCUGUGAACCGGACAGUAGCCCAGGAAGCCCAAACUCGUCUCACAGUGAAGCUGAGAGAGAAAGCCAGGCCUGCCAAGAAGACGGGAGGGAAGAAGAGCCAGGCAAGGAAGAAGCGAAGGCAGACAUCUUUGACCGAUUAUUACACCACAAAGAAGCAAGUCAAAAUGGAAAUGCAAACUCCUGAAAAGAAACUGGCCUUCUAGAAUGGAGUGUUGUGGGAUGAGCCUGAUCCCAGAUUUUCUGGUUUAUGCAGCGUACUACAGUUGCAGAAACAGGGCAUUCAAGAAAACUGAAAUGGAAAUGUUGAGAACAUCAACAGUCCCUCAUAGGGAGGCCAAACAAACUGAGCGCUCCUUUUCCUAAGGGAUGUUCCCCUCUUUAAAAAGCUGGCAGUCAAAUAAGAAACAGGCUAACUGUAGCGACAACAGCAUCACAAAGGAUAUUGCUUAUCAGAUAACAGUUAGCAUAUGAGUAGACGUUCAAAAUACUAUGUAUGAACACAUUGUAAAUGCCAUUAUAUGGUUCUGCGGGGUGUAUGUUUAUUAUUUGAACUUAUAUGUAUUGACUUUCCAGUUUCAACAUGAUGUCUGGGAAUAGGAGAGGGAAUUCGAAGAGCGGAGUCAGCAUUCCAGGCCCUUCCGCUCAAUUACAAAGAUGGCCCUUCUUAAAAAUUGCUUGCUGAUGUGGCAGCUAUUAAAGCAGCUGAGCUUGCACUGAGAACAAGUGGAGGCCCUGUGUUAGUCCAGUUACCUCAGCUAGGAAUCUGCUCACUGGUUCUCCAUCCAGAAGGGUUUUUCCCCUACUGUCACCUUAGUUUAUGGGUCCAGAACUUGUAAAUGGUUCCACCAGAUCACAGGCCUGGGUGGUGGUUUGACCUUGGCAAGCCUCUUUUUUCACCUCAGCAGAAUACCAGUUGGCCUCUCAUCCAAACAGAGACUGUGAAGCAGAGAACAAUCAUGUGAUUUCCUAACUAGUUGGCCAUCCAGAAGGUCUUUUCUCCCCACUGUCACCUCAGUAUAAGGGUCUAGGUCUUGUCAGUGGUGCUGCUUGUUCAGAUCACAGGCCAAUGUGGGCUUGGCCUCUUUUUCCACCUCAGCGGGGUACCAGUUGGCCUCUCAUCUAAACAGAUCGAACCAUGAAGCAGAGAACAAUCAUGCGAUUCCAUUCUUCUUGUUAUCUACACGUGGCCUGUGUAAAUGGUUAUUAGGAAAAGAGAGUUCUGUGACAGAUAGUGAACCAUAGUAAUAAAGGAUGUCAUAAGCCAUUUAUAACAUACCUUGCUGACUGUUAUGCCGUUGUGUGUCUGUCAGUGCCUGAGAUGUUGGGCUUCAAAAUGUUCACUCUGUUAAGAAACUAAACUUGUCCUAUUGGUAAUUUUUAACUAAAUGUUCAGGGUUAUUAAUAACAUCCAUAGGAGGAAAUGUAAUAUUCUGAAAUGUUGUUGAUUACUUCUGUCAGUUUUAAAAACAAAUUUCUGUGCUGCAGUGACAUUUUGGAUGUCCAAAAUUUGCAUUCAUGAAAUGGCCGUGAAUCGUGGAGCUGCCAGGUGCUUGACAAGACCUCCCUUCUUUAGUCCAAGGCAAGCAACCAAAAUGUGAGGUUCAGUCCUUGGUGGGCCAUCAUCCACAUCUGUUGGGCUGGAUUGGGCCACAAGCUACGUAAGUCAUACUGACUACAGCGAGGGCUGAGGCUAUAUAUCAGACCUUCCCAUUAACACUAUUCCUCACCAUCCCAAGAAGCAGAAACAUGCUACCCAUCUGACAAAUAUUUAAGCAUGAAUGGUAGCUACACUGUUGAAGCUCUUCUAAAGCUCUCAUGAAGGCAGAGAGGAAAUUGCACUAAGAAUAAACCAUGAACACUAUGCUCAGUAACUAGACCACUGAUACUUCUGACCACUGGUAGAACACCAAAUCUACAUGUCUUUGUCACCUGCUGCCAGAGUUCUCCCACUAUCAACAUGCAGACUGAUGGAAGUGUAUCAUCCUCAGGCGUUUCCACUUAAGAUAAGCAUUUGCCCCAUCUGUACCCGUGGGAAAGAACUUGGCCACACCCUGCCAUGUGCCUGGUUUCUGUCUUUUUGUUGACGUAAAAACCAAGUCUACACUCUUCCAAAGUCCUUGGCUGCAACUGACAUAUUCUAAUAGUCUAACCUGGAAUAUGUCAACUCCCUAUUGUCUGCCAGAUAACCAAGGAGUUUAAAGAACUUUGCAGAGUACUACACCUGCAAAACUGCUGUGUCGGGGCUUGCUUAUUUCCACCUAUAGUUGUUACAGUAGAUACCUAUCUAACCUGCUACUAGUGUUUUUGUUUGUUAACAGAUAGGUGAAAUUAUUCUUUGAGUUAUAAAUUUGUGUCCCUUUUUCCUCAAUUCCUUUCAUCUGUCUAUUGGUUUGUUUGGGUCAGCGCAGUUUCAUCCUGAUGUCCAGAAAGGUCUUUAUUAUGUUCAAAUCAGUGCUGUUUUUGAGGGGGGAUUUGCUUUUCUUAACUUGGACUGUUGUAGCAAUAUGGUUCAGCAAAUCAGCCUCAGGAGUGUUUACUAUAUCAUUCGGUUAUAAAUCGUGGAUGUUUGCAGUGUUACCAAUAAAAUCUGGUUAAUCUG